AGAACCCAGGUGACGAUAAAAGUGUUCGGAGCUGGCUGAAGUGUCAUUAAAGACUUUAUUGAAGAACUUGGAGAACUCUACUUUAAUAAAUCGUGAUUAUAAAAACUUGUAAAGUUUUGCAGGACAGUCUAGUGACUUGGAGUUCGACAUAUUGGAUCAUAGCAUGCCGGCCAAUAGAGGGGAUCCAGGAUUCCUCAGAGAAACAGUCUCGAAGAUCGUGUACAGAACAGAAUACUCAUCGAGUUUUAGAGGAGCUGACGAUCCAUUCCAAAAUAUUCCAAUUCCCAGCCAUUUUAGCAGAAGAGCAGCUUGGGCUGCAGCACCUCAUAAUCAAAACAAGCCAACGACGUCCAGAGUCGUGCAGCUUCCAUUAAACCGAGUCAAGCAUGAAACGAUCAAUCUUCAAGGCUUGCAACCAAACCGUAUUUCCAGUCACAGAAAAAUUAGAAGUGCGACAGAACGACAUACCAUACCAUUUAAUGUUACCCAAAACAGCUUGGAUCGUGGUCGGCCGUUCUCGGGAAUCACGACAUCAAGCCGAGCAAGAACCGAAGAGUUAGUUCGAACAUCUCAAAGUUUAGUGGCACGUCGUUUACAGAGUCAACUGUCAAGGUUUCCGAAGGAUUUCAGAUACAUCGAUAAGCAAUGUUUUUUCCAUCCCGCACAAGAACUAUCACAUAAAACAUUCUUUGUUAUCAGCCCGGAUUGGGUCUCAGAACGACAAAACUUUAUACGUAAAAACAACAUGUUUGGUUGAGUCAGACCACAUCAUUCCCCUAUACAUUCAGACAAUAUCUCCACUGCCACAAGAUUUUGUCCCCCCUUAUAAAUAUGGUCUACACAGUGCCAAUAGGGCCGGCGAUGCUUGCAGCGAUCAGUGAGGUGCGGUUUUGGUCGUAGUGGAAAUAUUAUUUUGUAAAGUUUUAUUCUAUAACACGAAUACUUGCAGGAAUGACUCUUUGGGACAAAAUUCAUUCUAUUUUCACAAAAUCUUACACGGACUGUCACAUCGUUAUCAACGUACCAAGGUUGCAUGCACGGAGUGGUGUGCGUGCUAAUAUUUAAAUUAAAAUCACCAUAAAAAUA